AUGGAGCACCAGUCCAUCAUCGCCCAGGUUAGCAGGGAGGAGGGGAGCGCCCCGCUUCAGGAGAAAGGUACCCAGACCCCUGCCAAAAAGCCUCGAAGCCGCAGCAUUCUCCAGUCCCUCUUCUGCUGCCUGUGCCGCGAUGAAGGGGAGCCCUGCACUGGCACCACUGGUGCACCGCUGCUGGUGGAGGAGAAUGGGGCACUGCCUAAGGUAACCCCACACCCCAGCCUGGCUCUGGCUGCUGUCAAGCACCUCCUGCCCGAGAUCAAGCCGCAGGACGCCAGCAAGCUCUGCGUGGUCAUCGACCUGGAUGAGACUCUGGUGCACAGCUCCUUCAAGCCAGUGAACAACGCUGACUUCAUCAUUCCCGUGGAAAUUGAUGGCAUCAUGCAUCAGCAGCAGCACGCUGCCCUCUGUCCCUGCUCGCAGGUGUAUGUGCUCAAGCGGCCGCAUGUGGAUGAGUUCCUACAGCGUAUGGGCGAGCUCUUCGAAUGUGUGCUCUUCACUGCCAGCCUGGCCAAGUAUGCAGACCCUGUGGCUGACCUGCUGGAUAAAUGGGGGGCUUUCCGGGCACGACUUUUCCGGGAAUCCUGUGUUUUCCAUCGCGGCAACUACGUGAAGGACCUGAGCCGCCUGGGCCGUGACCUGCGCCGAAUCAUCAUCGUGGACAACUCGCCCGCAUCCUACAUCUUCCACCCUGAUAACGCCGUGCCGGUAGCCUCCUGGUUCGAUAACAUGGCAGACACAGAACUGCUGGACCUGCUGCCCUUCUUCGAGAGGCUCAGCAAGGUGGAGGACGUGUACGCAGUGCUCAAGAAGCAGCGGACUAACAGCUAAUGGCCCCCCCACGC